GGAACAGAAGCGGGGUCCUGUAUAGGUCGUCCAGCCGCUUCCCGCUGACGAGAUUUUUGUCACAAGUCAGCUACUUUACUUUACAUACUCCAAAGGCACCCUCGAAGCAAUGUUUACCACGACAGCUCUGCUCACCGCGCUGGCUGCAGCUGCCACCGUAUCUGCUCAUUUCACCCUUGACUACCCUCCUACCCGAGGCUUUGAUGACGACAAGGAGCCAGAGUUUUGCGGUGGAUUCACCGAUCCCAGCAGUCCGCGAAACGUUGUGCCCCUGACCGGCAAUGUCCCAAUCCACCUCGAUUCCCACCACGCGAGCGCUGCCGUCGCCCUCCUCAUCUCUUCUAAGGAGGACCCCCAAAACUUUGACGACUUUAGCUCUACCCUCGCUAAAAGUUGGUUCCAAAUGCCUCAAGGAGAGACCUGUUUCAAUGUCGAUUUUUCUUCGUUGGGUAUGAAUUUCGUCAACGGCUCUCAGGUCACCAUUCAGGUCCAAUACAACGGGGGGGAUGGAAACCUCUUCCAAUGCUCCGACCUCGUCCUCGUCGACGGAGCUCAAGUCCCAUCGAACGAGACCUGUACUUCGGACGAUUCCCUCGCUUCCAACGCCACCGUCACCGCGACCCCGACCGCCGCCACGGCUGCCGUCACCGGUACUGCUACCGCCACGGAAGACCACGAUCAUUCGGAUCACACCCAUUCCGUCGCGCUCUAAACUGGUCUGACCAUAUUUCACGCAGAGGCAAAGAGAAGGCUUUGGGUAUUGCUACGACGGCGGACGGGCUUGGUGUCGAUAUUACGAACUCCUCAUGAUGACUCUUAAUGCGAUAUUUACAAUAUGAAUCCCUGUGAUAUGGAAUGUUUACGCUUUUGAGAUUUCUUCUGCGCUCGUUAAACUUGUACAUUCGUCAGUCUCG